AUGGAUGUUUCCGAACUGUGCAUCCCAGACCCUCUCUGCUACCACAACCAGUUGUUAACCAGAAUGCCCUCUGAGGACCGCCACCUGUCCUCCAGCUGUGGCUCCUACAUCAAAACUGAGCCCUCCAGUCCCUCUUCCUCACUCGUAGACACCGGCAGUCACCACAGCCCCAGCGGUAACUCUGACGCCAGCGGUGGGUACGUCAACGGCACCAACGGACGCUCGCACGCCCUCGAUUCCCCCCCAAUGUUCAACCCAGGCAUGCUCGGAAGCGGCGGCGCUUGUCUGCGUCGCUAUGAGGACUGUUCUGGUGGUGUGGCGGACGACUCGCCAAUCAAGUGCGAGUAUAUGCUCAAUGCCAUUCCCAAGAGGCUGUGCCUGGUGUGUGGUGACAUCGCCUCAGGUUACCACUAUGGGGUGGCCUCCUGUGAGGCCUGCAAAGCCUUUUUCAAAAGGACGAUACAAGGGAGCAUUGAGUACAGCUGUCCAGCCACCAACGAAUGUGAGAUCACCAAAAGGAGACGCAAGUCUUGCCAGGCUUGCCGCUUUAUGAAAUGUCUUAAAGUUGGCAUGCUGAAAGAGGGGGUACGUUUGGACCGGGUGAGAGGAGGACGACAGAAGUACAAAAGGAGGUUGGACACAGAGAACGGGGGUUACCUCAGUCUCACCAUCCCCCCUCCAGCAAAAAAACCACUGACUAAGAUCGUCUCCCAUUUGCUGGUGGUGGAGCCGGAGAAGAUCUACGCCAUGCCUGACCCCACCAUGCCUGAUGGUGACAUAAAGGCCCUGACCACGCUGUGUGACCUGGCCGACCGCGAACUGGUGGUCAUUAUCGGCUGGGCCAAACAUAUCCCAGGUUUUUCCAGCCUCUCGCUGGCUGACCAGAUGAGUCUGCUGCAGAGUGCCUGGAUGGAGAUCCUGGUGCUGAGCAUCGUGUUUCGCUCGCUACCCUGUGAGGACGAGAUAGUGUACGCCGAGGACUACGUGGUAGACGAGGAGCAGGCGAGGCUGUCCGGCCUGCUCGACCUGCACGUUGCCAUCCUGCCGCUGGUCCGACGCUACAAGAAGCUGCGUGUGGAAAAGGAGGAGUUUGUCACGCUCAAAGCCAUUGCCCUUGCCAACUCAGACUCCAUGCACAUAGAGGAUCUGGAGGCAGUCCAAAGGCUCCAAGAUUCUCUCCAUGAGGCUCUGCAGGACUUUGAGGGCUCCCAGCAUGCGGAGGACCCUCGGCGGGCAGGGAAACUGCUAAUGACCCUGCCCCUUCUCCGUCAGACGGCCGCCAAGGCUGUUCAGCACUUCUACAGCAUCAAGAUGCAGGGCAAAGUCCCCAUGCACAAACUAUUCUUGGAGAUGUUGGAGGCCAAGGCUUGA